AUGGAUAUAUGGAAAAAAAAGCAACGUCUUUUCAAACAUGUUGCUCAUUAUAGUUCACGAACACGACGUUUUAAUACAACCGAGACAGAUCCUGAUAUUUCACGUACAAUCUUUACAUGUGAUAUUCUUAAUUUAAUUCGACGAUCUCAUCAAUCUUAUUUGAAUUUUUCAGCAUUUUUUGAAGAUUUCGAUGGUUUACGUAUGCAAUACGUUCGUAAUAUGUUACCAUCACGCGGUGUUAAUAUAACAUUGAUGAAUGUUUUUCAUGAAAGAAUUCGAACAUAUUAUGAUAAAAAACCAAUAUUAUUAGAUCGACAUGAAAUUCAUAUAUUUACAUACGAAUUAGUUAAACGUUGUCAUUCUCAUUUACCAUUAGGUUUAAAAAAAAUUAAAACAAACCCUUAUUUAAUGUAUUUAUUAAAAAUAGCCAUGUCAACAAAUCAAUCAAUUAUAAAAACAUCACAAAAUAAAUUAAAUGAUAUUACAACAAAAUUAAUUGAAGAAACAAUAAGACUUGAAUCAUAUUUAAUUGAUAUGUUAUUUCCAAUAUGGGAUUUAUAUGUUAGAAUUGAAGGUGAAGAUCAUGUUUAUUUAACACUAUUACCAAAAACGACAAGAGAUUUAUUAUUAUUAAAUACAAAUUUAAAUAAACUUUUAUGUUUAUUAUGUGAAGAAUAUUAUGCUAAAGAAUAUAAUGAUAAAAUAUUGUAUACCGAUAGUCAAUUUAUAAUAAAUAAAUUGUUAGAUGAUAUAGAUACAAUGAAUGAAACAACAGUUACUUAUCAACCACCAGUACCAUUACUAACAUUAGAAGCUUCAUCUCCUUAUAUUAGACGAUCAUCACCAAAAUCAAUUUCAUCUUCAUCAAAUUCAAAUAGUCCAUUAUUGUUAUCACCACAACAAACAUAUCUUGAUAAUUAUUCAGUUCAAACACAUACGAAUCAUCGUACACGUACACAACGUCAUCAACAACAACAGCAACAAAAAAAAUCAUUACAACCAUUACAUGCUUCACAUGAUUGUUUUCCUAUUUCAUCAUCACCAAUAAUGAUACCACAUGAACUAUUAAAACAGCCUCAAUCAUCAUCACAACCAAAUUCAUCCUAUACAGGACCAUUACCAAUAUUUUCAAAUCAUCCUAGUCGUGUUAGAUCACCAACUAUUGAUAGUAAUAUAAAUAGUAGUGAAUAUUCAAGAUCUCCAAGACGUUAUUCAACAUCGGCAAUUGCAACAAAUGAUCGAGUAGAUUAUUUACAACAACAACAACUAAUAAAAUCAUUAAAACAUCAAAAAAAAGAUGAACCUCAAUGGUAUAUGCCAGUAUUUAUGUAUAGUUGUAGUAGAAAUCAAUUAACAAAAUCAUUGACAAUGAAUUUAACAGAUACAAAUGUAUCUCAAAAAUUACAUCGUGAUGAUUCUUAUUGGGAUUAUUCAAAAGAUGAAGAUCAACCAAUAAAACAACGAAAGAGAGACACGUCUCGUUCAUUGGGUGGUUUAAUAACUCAAAAUGAGGAAGAAUUUACCAUGGCACUUGGAAAACAAUGUGAUGAAUUACGUGAUUUAUUUGAUUGUGCUUUUUCUAUUGCUUUUUAUAAAAAUUGUUUAUUAAAAUUAUCGUCGACUCGUCAUGAUGUUGAUCAUGCAUUAAGUGCAAGUUGUCAUGAACAUUAUGAAGAAAUAAAUUUAACUCCAUUUUUAAAAGCUAUUUGUUCACAUUUAUCACAAGCGAGUGAAGAUGAUUAUAUUAUCGUAAAUGACAUAAAAGAACAUGAAUGUCAAUCAGUUUUAUGUAGUUAUUUGGAAGAAAAAUUUUUAGCUAUCAUUAGUAAAUAUUUCGGUAGAAUUGAAUCCCAUCCAGAUUAUUUCUAUUAUUGUACAGAUGAAGAAAUACAGACUCAAACCGUUGGUUUUGAAGAACAAUCAUCCGAUGAAGAAUUUAAUAAUAAUUUAAGUGCAAAUUUUGAUGAAUCAUUUCCAAAUAAUCCAUUUGUACGAGCAUUUAAUAAUAGUCGUACAACAGUCGAUGAGAAAAGUGAUAAUGAUGAUGAUGAUGAUGAAAGACAAUCGGUUAUUAUUCAUGAUGAUGAUUAUGAUAAUGGAAGUAAUGAUAGUUAUUUACAUAAAUUUCGUCGUGGUAGUUCAUCACCCAUUCAUCAUAUUAAUCAUUUACAACAACAAAAAGAAACAUCACCAUUAUUCAUAUCAUUUAGUUGUCGAUUAAAAAUGAAAGAUUAUGAUAGAAAUGUUGGUGUCUCAACUAUACCACUUUGUAUAGGUAAUAUUUUCCGAUAUGUUCGAGAUUUUGGUGAUACAACAAAAAUUUCUUACAAUGAUUUAAAAGUUUCAUUUGAUUUAAUAUGUUUAACAUUUGGAAAAGAAGAAAAUGAUCUUCCAAUAGCUGCUACACCAACAAGUUUUCAAUUAGAAAUGCAAAAACGACAAUAUUCGGGUAAUUCUGCCAGUUCAAUUGAUCAAUAUUUAAGAAUUGAUGAUGAUAAUGAUGUAAUUAUAUCCGAUAAUUUAAGUACAGCCACAUUUGAUCAUACAAAACGUCAGUUGAAUUCAUUGAAACUUUCAGAGUCUCAACGUGAAGCAAUUCGUCUUUGUAAACGAGAAAUCGAAUGGUUAUUACAUGAUGAACAAUUAUCAACAUAUUUUAAUCAUUUAUUAGAUACAAAAUUAAUUGAAAAAGUCAUCGAACAUGUACAAUCAUCAGUUGAAAUAGCUAAAACAAAUUGUUCAAGUCAAUCAUUAUCGUUACAAUUUGUAUUUGGAAAUGAAAAAUCGAAAUUAGUCUUUUUACCAGAAUUAAACGAUAUUCUCAUUGAUAAUAAAUAUCGUCUAAUUAAACUUGGACGUCAUUAUGUGUUGAUUCAACCGAGAGCACCAGUAUCAAUCGAAGACAAUGAAAAUGAAGUGAAAAAUGAUGAAAUAAAUGAGUUACAUGAACAUGAACAUGAACAUGAACAAGCUUCUUUAACAAAUACAAGUGAUACAUUAUCAAUUGCUACUGAAUCAUUUGAUGAGAAUCGAAACGGUGAUGAAUCAAGUGAACCGAAUUCUCAAGAUUUUUCAAGAUCCUAUAGUCAAUCACCAACAAUUGAUAAUAUUGAAAAUUCAAUAAUUCAUAUUCAUGUAGAGUAUGUACGACCAACAUUUUGGUUAUUUAUGGAUUUAGUAGAAAUUCCUGCACAAGAAUUACAAGGCGCAAUAAAACCAAAUUUAGAAACAAUUGAAGCAAAAUUUUAUUUAUAUUGCGGUUCAUCAUCAAAUAUGUCACAAGAAUCAUCUGAAGCUCAAUCAGUAUUAAAUAGUUUAAUUGAACGUUUACGUCAGUUAUGUCAUGUUGUUAAUCAAAAAUUACUAUUAGACAGUCUAGAAGAUACACGAAUAUGUAAUUCAUUAUUAGUACCAGCAGGAGAAAAUGAUGAUGUCACACAAGAUAUGGAUUGUCCAUUAUUACCGGCCAAUUUACAAAUGCAACCAGGUGAAUUUGCUUGUGAGCAAGUGUGGACUCAAGGAUUCAUUCUUCAUCCACGAUUACGGCAAACACAUAUUCCAGGCCUUGGAAAAUUACAGCCUAUCGGUCAUGCAUUAGCUAUUCAAUAUGAUUCAUUUGCUAUUCAAAAUCGAAAAAAUUUAUUUGUUUAUUCCAUUGAUCAUAAUGUAUAUUAUAUGAGAUUUCGAGAAGAACUACAGCAACAACCGGAAAAAAUUGAUGAACCAUAUAAUAAAGCGUUAACAUGUUCGCCUGAAUCACCAUCACAACACCGACAAUCAUCUCCAACAAUACAAUUUCAUCAAAGACAACGACAUGAUUCAGAUGCAAUUCAAAUUCUUGUGCAAACUAUAACACGUCGUCUUGAAGAAGAAACAUUAAAAAUAUUAGUUUAUGCAAUUUAUCGUGCUAAUCGUAUUCGUUUGAAUCCUGAAGAUGUUACAUUUUUUCGUCCAGACGACAGUGAACCAAAAUAUGUUUUUGAUUAUGAAAUAUCAUAUCUAAUAAAUUCAACAACAAUUUUACAAUAUUUUAUACGUCAUAUCAAGACAAAUCUUCCACAACAAACAUUUUUAUUGUUACCAUGUUUAGCAAAAGAAUUAAAGGAAAUAAUAAAGGAUUACAAUGGACAAAUACCAUUAGUGUAUAAUAAAACACUUAACAUGGUUGGAAGACAAGCUAUUGCAUGGAUUGAGUUCAUUUUAAAUCCAACAAAGACAAAUCCAAUGGCCCGUUCACUUCAAAAAGAUGAUUUGAAUGAAUCUUUAACAUUUGAUACGCUAGCUGAAAUGACCCAUAUUGAACGUGUAAAUGUCCAACCAACACAACUUCGUCUUUCAAAUAUAAUUCGUUUUAAUGUUUGGGUUCGUGGUGGAGGAAUUGAUGUUGAACCACAACAUAUUUCAAAUGCACUUGUUCAAGCAUUAGAAUGCGCAUUAGCUGAUUACAUAACUGAAUGUAGACUAUUUCCGUUCGUAUUCAGUGGAUCGUUGGCAUCAUCCACUUUAUCAUCGGCAAAAGCAACAACAGAAGUAUCUGCUACCACUAAAUAUACGGCCGAUGAUACAGUUUUUUCAUUGGAACGUGCACCUUAUGAAAUUGAACAAUCAACAGUGCGAACUGGAAUACAAUCCAGACGACGACAUGAUUCAGCCAAAGAAAAUCUACCAUCAUCAAAUAAUGAAUGUAGUUCUGUUUCAUCGACGUUUACAUCAUCUGAUGAUAUUCAAUCAAUGUCUGCAUCAAAUGUUGAAACAAUGACAAAAUGGUUUCAACAUUUAGUUGAAACAAAACCCCAUCUAUUAUCAUUGACAUCGUGCACUGAUACAUUAACAAAUAGAUGUUUAUUAAUCAAUGUAAUACACAAGUUUACAAGUUGGUUAAAUGAACAACGAUUAAUUGCACAAACAACCGAAACAUUAAAUGGUAUUGUAUUAUGUUUAAAUGAACAAAAGACAAGUUAUACUAUGUGUCCAUCAUUAGACACUUUGGCUACAUAUAUACCUGGUAAAAAAUAUGAUUUAAUCGCCGUCUAUAAGAGUAAUAAACAUCGUCUAAUAGAAACUGAUAAUGAAAUAAAUGAUGAUCAAACUCCACCACUAUCUCAACAACAACAUAUUCCUGAAUUGACAAGAGUUCGUAGUGAAAAUGAUUCAACAAAACAAAUUUUUAUUUAUCUUGUGGUGAAUGAUAAAAAAUUAACGUUAUUUGUUUAUAAUGCAUCAGAUGAUUCAUCAAAACUUUUAAUUCAAUAUUUUACAUCACUUAUACAAUGGGCUAAUAAACGUUUACAUUUAUUAAAUAUUAUUGUAUCACAAAAAAUGGGAUUAUUUCGACCGUAUGAAUGUUUAUAUGAUCAUUCAAGUUGGUAUCGAUACAAUGGAACAAAAGGACAUUAUACAAAAACUGAAAAUGUUGAUUUAGAACAAUUAAUAAAUGAAACAGGAAUACCAAAAAGUAUUAAAUGUUCUCAAGGAUGGAAUAUAGAAACAUUAUAUAUGAAUGUUAAAUCUUGUCCAAAAAUGUCAAAUGAUAAUCAAAAAGAUUUAGUUCAAUUACAUGGAUCACAGUUAUUAGAAAUAAAAGAAAAUCGAAAAACGGAAUGUGGACAGUCAUCUAAAUUACGAGAAUAUGCUGAAAAUUGGGUAACAAAGCCAAGUCUGCCAAUAUCGGAUGAUGAUUUAUCAUUAAUGAAACAUGCUAGUCGGCCAUUAAUGAUAACUAUGAUACCAUUGCUAUUUUUUCGUCAAGCGCGUAGUUUUUAUCAAAAUGAUACUACACUACGUACAUCAACAUUUUUACCAUCGGACCAUGUAUCAUCAGUCGCAACAGUAGGCAAUCUAGCUAGAAUGGCUAAUAAACGAAAAUCUAUUCCAAUGGAUUUCAAUUUUCGACGCUUAGUUAGCAAUCUGGAUGAGGGUAGUCAUACAUCUCCACAAACGAUUCGUGAUCAAUAUGACAUUUCAUCAAAUCAUCUUCAUAAUAAUGUUUCAACAUUUAAUAAUUUGCCAAAUGUUCUAAAUCCACAACAACAACAGCAUCAAUCAGAAUUGACUGAAGUCUUUGUUAAACAGUAUAUUAACUUCUUACAUUCAGCCUAUAAAUUUAAUUUAAUACAACCAAAAACUGCUCCACAAAAUCCACCAAUUGUAUACAAUCUUCAUCGUUCUGAUCAUGAGAAAAAGUCAACAAUAAUAGCUGAAGUAUCAUCAACAAACAGUAUUCAAGUCACUGUCAAUUAUUUUCAAUAUUCACUAGGAAUGUCAGCACAAUCGUUAACGAAUCAAAGAAAUUAUACAGAUCAUAUACGAGAACCAUCGAAAGAGGAUGGACAAUUUUUACCUGAUCAAUUCGACAUGGAUGCAAUUUCGUAUGAUUUUCAUCUACAAACAAUCGAACGUUAUUUAAUUAAUAAAGAACAAUUUUCAACUGAUCAUUUAUUAUUAUCAUUCUUACAAGAGUUUAUGGACUUUUAUCCAACAUCACCGGUUGGCUCAAAAACUUCCAUACAUAAAACGUAUAUUCGUCAUCCAUUGGAAACAACGCAUCGUGCAGAUGUACUUUUAUUUAAAUAUAUUGUUGAUAAUGCUGCUACAUAUAGUUUACAUUCAAGAAAAGGAGGACGUGAUGGAAUAGUAAGCAAAGACGAAGAAUUAUUAUUUUAUUAUGAAAAAGGCAAUGAUUUAAAUCCAAUGAAUGUUAUUUGGAUAGCUGGACGAGCUCCACGUGAUUUGCCUACUCAAUUGAAUAUUGUCAUGUACAUUAUUUAUACAAAUUUAAAUCCAAAACGUUUAUCCAGUGCAAUACCCAUCACAACGACAACAACAACAACAACAACUACAACAACAAAUAGUACAUCACUCUCGAGUACACCAUCAACUUCAUUGAGUAAAUAUAGUACAUCUCAAUUAAAUUCAAAACCAAAAGCAAAUACCAAAGAUUCACGAUCAACAGUAGCAAAAAUAACAAUUUUUCCAUCACGAUGUACAAAUACAACUAUGAAUGAUAAUGGUUCAAAUGAUAAUAUGAAAAAAGAUAAAAGUAUUGAUUAUUUCAAAUCAAAAUUAGAAAAUGUUGUAAAUCAAGCUGCAACCACUCAUCGACGAGAAAUGCUUUGGGAAAAAUUAAUUUCUCCUCGAUCAUCCGAUGAUGUUCGUAGACGAGAUGAAAGUCAACAAUCAAUUAAUGUAACAGAAUUUGAAACAUUAUUAGCUUCAUGUGACAAAGAUUUACAAGAUACAAUUAUUUGUCUAUUGAAAAAAAUUGUUACAAAUAAAGAACAAUCUGAAAAAUUUGCUAAAUAUUUAAGAAGUCGAUAUGGUGAUUCAUUUCAGACAUUUAAUACGCCCAGUGUUAAUUAUCUAAUGUCUUCAACAGUGGUGGCUUCACCAACGGCAUCACAAACGUCAUUAUCAACGGCUACACCAUCAGCAACGAAUAAUUCAAGCCAGCAUGUUAAAUUUUCACAUUUGUGUAAAUUAUUAGAACAAAUCUCAAAUAAGCAAGGUACUGAAGCUAAAAAAAAACUUUUAACAAAAUUUAUAACCGAUUGGCGACAAUUACAUGAAAAAUUACAUGAAAAUGAUUCACUAUCAACAUUGUCGACUCAAGCACAAGCUACAACUACUGUUCAAACUUUUUCUGCUGCGCCAUCUACUACUAGUACUGGAGCAUCGGCAACAAUCAUGCAAGAUUCAUUUUAUCCUAUUUUACGUUUAUUAUUACCACAAUCGGAUCGUGAACGAAUUGCCUAUGGUUUAAAAGAAAGUAAAUUAGCUAAACAUUUGAUUGAUGUAUUAAGUAUAGCAAAAACGAGUGCUGAUGCACAAAAAUUAACAAAUUUUCGUGCUCAAAAAAAUUCACGUACAACAAAAGGAAAUGAUUUUGCUGAUGUUGUCUACUAUGUUUUAAAAAAUCGAAGUAAUGAAGAUCGUACAUUAACAAUUUAUGAAAUAAAUAGUCGUUUAGACGAUAUAGCUCUGGAAAAUGGACGCGGUAAAGAUGGUCAAAAAGCAAAAUUGAAAUGGUUAAUUAGAAUAUUAUUAAAAGAUUUGAAAAUAAGUUUAAAAGAAAAUUCAAUAUUAGAAUGUUUUCAUCCAGAUGCUAAAGAUUUAUUUGAUCAUACAAGUAAUUUAUUGAAAGUUGCGGUUUAUUUACAUGAUCCAUUGAAACGUUUACAUGAAAUUGGUUUAAGUAUAUUUUCACCGUUUCGUCCUAUGUUGGGUGAACGAACAAAAGCUGAUAAAGUUGAAGAAACACUUCGAAAAAAAUCAUCACAUCCACAACAAGCCGUAGCCGAGUUCUAUAUCGAAACAAAAUGGGAUGGGUAUUUCUCUCGUAAUGGGCAUGAUUAUACCGACAUAUUUGGAUCAGAUUCGAUGAAUAAUGGAACAUUGACACCAUUUAUAGCCAAUACAUUUCAUUUGGGAUGUUUACGUUGUAUAUUAGAUGGUGAAAUGGUUAUCUAUAAUCGAAAUGAAAAAAUAAUUCAUUCAAAAGGUGAUAGUUUUGAUGUUAAAUCUAUACAAGCAAAUGAUUCACAAUUACAACCAUGUCUUAUUGUUUUCGAUAUUUUAUUAUAUAAUGAUGAAAUUUUAACAAAUAAACCAUUGCAUGAACGAUUAAGUUAUGUUAAAUCAAAAGUAUUUGAACCAAUUGAAGGAAGAAUUAUGUUGUCCGAAAUCCGAACUGCACAUAAUAAUCAAGAUGUCAUCAAUGAAUUGAAUAUGGCCAUUGAUCAACGACAAGAAGGAAUUGUUGUCAAAGAUCCGUUCGCUGUUUAUAAACCAAAUACAAGAGAAAAUGGUGGAUGGCUUAAAAUCAAACCUGAUUAUAUGUUAGGUUUGAAUGAUGAAAUUGAUUGUUUGAUUGUUGGUGGCUAUUUUGGUACCGGACGUCGUUCUGGUUUGCUUAGUCAUUUUUUAUGUUGUGCACUCGUGAAACAAAAUGAUACAAAUUUCAAUAAUGAACAAAAAGAUGAACAGUCAGCAAAUCCAAUGACAUCAUCACAAACUCAAGCAAAACCAGAAGCAAAAGAUUAUUUGUAUUAUUCAUUUUGUAAAAUUGGUAGUGGUUAUACACAUAAAGAAUUAUUAGAUUUUAAUAAUCGUCUAUCAAACAAAUGGAAAACGUAUAAUCGUCGUGCACCACCCGCUCAUCUUUUAUGUACAUAUGAAAAACCCGAUUUAUAUAUUAAUCCUGAAGAUUCGUGUAUUGUUCAAAUACGUGCCGUAGAAUUUGUUGCAUCAGAUAAAUAUAAAACAGGCUUUACAUUACGAUUUCCACGUUUAGAAAAAUUUCGUGAAGAUAAAUCAUGGUAUGAAUGUGUAUCAUAUCAAGAUUUAAUUGAUUUAAAAGAGAAAAAUGCUGGUAAAUUAGCAAUGAGACAAUUUAUGAACAAAGAUCCCAAUAAUGAAUUAGAUGGUGAUAUGGAUAUUGAAGAAAAUCUUGACAAAACAAAAACAUUGACAAAAAAAACUGUAACAAAAUCUCGACAACAACAAAAAGCUACGGUUGAUCAACGUUUUCGUGGCAUUGAUCCACAAGCAGUUAAAAAAACACAAGAUUUUUUAGAUAUGAAAGAAUUUUGUAUAUUUGAAGGUGAUAGUGAUCAUUCAAAAGCAAAAUUAGAAACAUUAGUACUCGAAAGUGGAGGAAAAGUUGUUCAGAAUCCAUUACCAACAACCUAUUGUGUCGUAACAAAUAAUCCAAAUGCAUUACGUUUAAAAACAUUAAUUAAGCAUAAAGAACGUGAUAUUGUUUAUGUCAAAUGGUUAUUACGUUGUAUUAAAGAAAAGCAAUUGUUGAGAUAUAAUUUAUCAGAUAUUAUUUCAUGUAAUUCGCAAACACAAGCUGAAUUAGAUAAAUUGUAUGAUAAAUACGGUGAUAGUUAUUAUGAUACAACGAAUGAAGAAGAUUUACGAUCAAUAUUUGAAAAAAUUACUGGUAUUCAAAAACCACCACAACCAUCAACAACUACAGAUCCACCACCACCACCACCAAUUCAACAACAAAAAAAACAGACGAAACAAUGUAAAAGAUUAAUAGUUCCUAAGCAUCCACCAAUACGAAAACGUGCAAAGCCAAUUGAAUAUGAUGAUGAUGACGAUGAAGAAAAUGAACAGGAGCUGUCGGCUAAAAGUCCAUCACCAGUGAAAAAAAAACGAACGAACGAAACAACUUUCAUUGUUACUCCACCUCCGCCACCUCAACCAGUUGAAACAGAUGAAGAGAAAAAGCUUCGUUUAUUUAUUGCUGAAUUUGAAAAUGAAUAUUUUCCUGAUGAUAGUUUAUUUGGUUUAUUUCGUUUGUGUAAUAUUUAUUUUGAUGAAUAUUUGAUUAUUAAUGAUUCAACAACAAGAACUGAAGAUAAUGUAUAUGAAUUAGCAAAAUUAGAAGUUAAAUUACAUGGCGGACAAGUCUAUAAUCAAUUGACGCCAACUAUUACACAUGUUAUUUGUUCAAAAGCACAUACGAAACAAAUGCGUUUGGAUGAAUUUAAACAUUUAAAUCAUAAACGUCCAAUAAAAUUUCGUUUAGUUGAUAUUGAAUGGAUUAUAUCGUCAAUUGAAGAUAAACGACUUCUAAAUGAAUUACCGUUUGCUGUUUAA